CAGGUGCUUGUGACGUCACAGAAUGAGGGAUAUCCCUGAGUUACUCAUGUGAAACGACAAUGUAAAAUCACCUUUUCCCUGUCAAACGCGGACUAGAAAAUCAAUUCGAUUGUUGUAAAUUCACCACAGUCAGUAAUGUCCUGGUUCCCUGAGCGACAGCAGCAUUCAUGGCUACAGCGUACUUGUGGGAGUAUUUUGAAAGCUGGCCCCAUCCCCAAACAUGUAGGGAUCAUCAUGGAUGGAAACAGACGGUUUGCUUCCAAGAAUAGCAUGGAUCGGGCGGAGGGCCACCUGCGGGGAUUCGACAAACUAGCCGAUACAUUAGACUGGUGUCUCAACCUGGGAAUAACAGAAGUCACAGUGUAUGCAUUCAGUAUUGAGAACUUUAAGAGGUCAAAAGACGAGGUGUCAUGUCUAAUGGAGUUGGCACGACAGAAAUUUGAGAGACUGAUGCAGGAAAAAGACAUGUUACAGAAGCAUGGUGUGUGUAUUCGUGUUUUAGGAGAUAUAAAACUUCUUCCCCUUGAUAUUCAGCAAAAUAUUGCUGAGGCAGUGAACUUCACCAAAAACAAUAAAAGGGCCAUACUGAAUGUGUGUUUUGCCUACACGGCGAGGGAUGACAUGUGUCACGCCAUGCGAGAACUAGCCAGCGGUGUCAGUCAGGGGUUGAUAAGAGAGAGUGACAUCUCAGAAGACCUUUUACAAAAGUGUAUGUAUACAUCAAGCUGCAAACAACUGGACUUGUUAAUCCGAACUUCUGGGGAAGUUAGGCUCAGCGAUUUCUUGCUAUGGGAGAGUGCAUUCAGUUGUUUGGCAUUUGUAAAGGUCUUGUGGCCAGAGUUCAGCGUUUGGCACCUGUAUGCUGCCAUUCUUCAUUAUCAGCGUAACCAUCAAGCAUUGCAGAAUGCUCGCCAAAGCAGCAAGUUGGAACAAGAUCAGCUUACUCGAGAAUCUGACUACCGAAGUGUGAUGGAAGAACUGGAUAAACAGGCUGAUGAAAAAGAUAAACUACAGGAAAGAAUCAGUGUGCAAGAUAGAGUACAACAAUAUGCUACAUUGAGACAAGCUCGGAUAAACACAUUCCUCAACCAGUUAGAAGCAGAAAGGACAAAUAUGUUGGAAAAUAUGGUCUCUAAAAGGCCCGUGUCAUGUGCCUCAUAGUUUUUAUGGUGUUAAACAAAAUUAUAUUUUAAAAGCAGUUGUUGAAGCUAAAAAAACUAAUUAUUAAUAAGCUAUCAUUAAACAUCAUCAGCACAAAUAAAGAGUUUGUGUGGCGUACAUCCUUAUUUCUUUAGCCUUCCCAAAUUUUCAAUGAACAUAGCUACAAUAGAUUCUGAAGAAAGAUAAAGAUACAUAAAUAAGAGGAUGAAUGCUGCAAUUAAAAAUACAAUACAUUUGUAUGCUGGUGUGACAAGGAUGCUUUGCUGGUGUCUGCUGGAUGGUUUAUUUUUACAUAUUUCAGACUGAACAUUUGUCCUCACUGUGAUGUUGGUUGACAAAGACUGCUGAUGUUGUUAUUGUUCAAUUCUCAGUGAAUAAAGCUGUUUUUAAACUAUUA